GGAAAGUUCCACCAUGGACCAGGGGACCAGAACAUCUGAGCCCACUGCCAACACCUCCCAUUCCCUCCCUUCCACAUCCUUGGCAACCCCAUCCACGACGAACCUUAGUAUAACAACAUCUGUUAAUCCUCCUUUUACUGGAACUUGCUCAACAGUGUCCAUUGAAGUUCAGGACGUGACUGGAGCAGAAAUACAGCUCAGCUGGACCAGUAGCAGCAAAGGCAGCCUCUACAACAUCUCUGUCAUGGAUGGAGAGGAAAUAAAUACAACAACUACAAAAGACACAAAAGCUGUGCUUAAAAACCUGCUUCCUGGCCAUGUGUACAACAUUUCUGUGGCAGUGUCAUCUUGUGCUAAUAAUCGUUCUUCAGUCACUGUCCGAACAGAUCCUGCUUCCUGUUUCGAAAUAACUGAGUUUUGUUCAGCACAAAGUACUGGCUGUUCUGACUUAAAAAGCAUUGCAUGCUCCAGCCAAGCAUUUGCCUGCAGCGUUCGGUUAAAAAACGAGAUGUUUAAUAAUACACUUUAUAACUCUGCUAGUGAAGACUACAAAACGAUGUCUGAAAGGAUCAAAACAGACGUUGUUGAAGGAAUUCAUGCUGAACUGCCACAGUGGAAUGACCCCUUCAAUAUUGUCAUGCUGGAUUUCAGACCUGGCAGCGUGGUUGCUGAUUUUCUCUUUCUGCUGCCAAAAGAAGCCACGGAUGUGGAGAAUAUACAGACCCACCUGAAAAAAGUAUUAAGGAACAAGUUUGGGCUGUUCCAAACUGAAGUGCAAGCUCUGUCUGUUCAGUCAUCAACUGACAACAGUUCCUCCUGGAGAGUAGCAGUGAUUGUCCUUGGAGUUUUACUUGGAGUUGCAUUAGUGCUGAUUGUCCUGGCAAUACUGUUUUACAUCUAUGUGAGGAGAAGAUCAGGUAAAUACUUGGUUGAACCUUCAGGACUCAUCGGAAUGUUUGUCUACAAGCACUUAUAAGAUAAACCAUCACUUAAAUAUUAUGGGCAAGGCAGAAAAUGACUAUAUUUAUCUUAUCAUUCAAUGUUAAUAGUGCAUAUUAACUUAGGAUAAUUCCACCCUUUCCUCUUCAAUGUCCAUUGCCAAAUUCAUGAGCUUCUAACAACAUUCAAUGAAUCUUCCUUUAAACAGGUAUGGAAUUUCCCACAUUGUACACGUGGUAGAGUGAGGAACAGAGAAACUUCUCUUCAGCCUAUCCCCUAUAGGUACUGCAAUGACUCCUAACAGUGGCAAGCUAGAGAGACAGGAUCCAAACUACUCAAUACUGUAUUUAGGUGACACUGAAAGCAGGGUGACUGAGCCUGGUAGCUGUGGCAGAUCACUUGAAUGCUCAGCUGAGCCCAGAGUCACCCUGUUGGGUUUUGUGCACUUGGCCAAGGGUGAUUCACCUCCCCUGAGACUUUUAUCACAAUAUAAAGACUUUUAUCACAAUAUAAAGACUUUUAUCACAAUAUAAAGAUGCCUUUUUCUCUCCUGUGACUGCAGAAUGAGCCCAGGGUAAUUAGCGUCCUAGCAUUGCAGCUUGAUCAGGAGUUUGGAGAAAAAUGGCAUACAUCUCAGUUAUGUGGGCUUGCUAUAGAAAUCUGGUGGACCAGAAACUUGAUUUGGACACUUCUCAGUUCAAAGUUUCUUCAAUUGCUGGGCUGUGAAGGAAUAACUGCUCAUAUGUGUGAAAUGUAUAGCAUGCUAAAUACAGGUGUGGUUCCACAGCAUAGUCUCAACAUGUUAGUAGAUGGGGAAGGCAAACAUUAGGUUAAUUUGAGCUAAAAGUAUUUUACUCACCUUUUUUUGCCUGUCAAAAAUGGUUGGCUGAGCAAAGAUGUGUCAUAAAGUGCAAUAUUGUCCUGCUCUUGAUAAUCCUAAAGUAGAAUCCAAUAGAAGAAACUCCUGUGGCAUUGGAGCAGACCUUGCUUUAGAUUUCUUCUAAUUGCUUUAGAGCAAUUAGAAGAAAUGAUCUUUACCUUUUCCCACCACUCUUCACUGCAGUCCUGGAGAAGUUACAGUCUGUUUCUACUGUGGUGCAGUUUUUCCUGCUUGGACUGUGGUGAACAGAUGAUAAUGGGGCAGUUUACUGCUGUUCAUAUUUCCAGCAGGAUUUAUGUGUUCCAUUUCGAACCAGCUCUCCCUGUAGCUGUACAUUUUGUCAGUCUGCCUACACUCGGAAUUCCUGUUGAGGCACUGAGUAUCCCGUGAUGUUGAGGCCCUGGCUCACACCCCCUGAACACCCCUGUUUUUUGGGGAUUAGGUUAUGGUUAUUUGGCACAGCUUAGAGUGAAUUGGUGCCAGGACUGCAGCACAAGGUGGGAGCUCAUCACAAACAGCUCUGCUCCAUAUGCAGCCAGCAUUCAUUCUUUUCAUCUCUCCAUCCUUGUGCUCCAACAGCUCCUGGCAGAGCCCUGCCGAGGACCCUGGCUGGAAUAUUAUUUUUAGUAGCAGGGACCUAUGAAACAGGGUCUUGCAUGCUCUCCCUUUCACAUGGAGGUCUUGCACACCCUCCAUGCAGUGUCAACUCGUCUAUCCUGAUUAGGUCUGGGGUGUGGAGUCAUAGACACCUCACUGAUGGAAAGAGAGUGAUUAAUAUUUGUUAAACUUUUAUUAUGUGGCUUUUAAAUAUAGCUAUCUCUGGGUGUUCUACUCACUGAACAGUCACUCAACAAUGUAUUCUGUCAGUAAAUACAAGUUCUCUAGGGAGCUCUGUUGAAAAUACAAAUGAGUGCUCUUGCUUAUGUUAAUACUCUUUUAUUUCUUUUUUUGAGGGAUCUACUUUAAAUAGCAAAUCCUCAUUGUCAGUAAACCUUUCUGAUGUUCUUGUAAAUAGUGUUAAAUAGAGACCAUGUACAGCAGGCUUCAACAGUCCUGGGAUUGUUCAUACAAAAUGUAUUUAAUGUCUUUGGGGGGAAAAAAAGUGGUAUUUUAAACAAUUUUCUCAAAGAUGCUAUACA